AUGCCGGACUGGGACAUCGAAACUAGAUAUUACAGUCAACGGUCGGGUAAGGAGGAAUGGCGCUGCAAGUAUUGCGAUAAAACGUACUCCUGCUCGGGAGGCACUGCGGCGCCCGCCAAGCACUUGACUGACCCUCCCCCGGAUGGCCAUGGUCUCCCAAAAGGUGCUCUACGAACAGCCAAAGUCCGGAGUAUACGAACAAUUAUCGAGCAAGCUCGUGUAACAGCGGAAGAGAGCGCCCGAAAACGCCGUCGUCUCAACGAUCAAUAUGGAGACUCCAUCGAGCCCGAUCAGCUGGAAGUGCUGUACGUUCGGUUCGUUACGGCCUGCUCUCUUCCGUUUCGGCUUGUUGAAUGCCCGGAAUUUCGAGCCCUAUUAGCCUAUAUCAAUUCUGACAUCGAUACAUGGCUUCCAAAUACACACCAGACCAUCAAGAGAUGGAUACUGCGGCAGUACGAAGACCAAAAGGAAAAGGUCAAGCAGCGCAUCCAGUCAGCAAAGUCAAGGAUCCAUAUUAGCUGCGAUCUCUGGACUUCCCCCAACUCGUUAGCAAUCCUAGGCGUAGUUGCUCACUAUGUCACAGAAGACUGCCAAUUAGAACACCACACAUUGGCUUUGAAAGAUAUAGAUGGUGAUCAUGAUGGGUCUCACCUUGCUGUGGCUAUUAUGGAUGUAAUUGAUGACUGGGGAUUUGCCUCUAAACUUGGUUAUUUCGUGAUGGACAACGCCGGCAAUAACGACACUAUGAUAAAGUGUCUUUCUCUUGCCCUUCUACGACAGUACGACAUUCGAUACGAUCCCAUAGCCCACCGGCUCCGCUGCCAAGGCCAUAUUAUCAACCUAGCCGCAAAAUCAUUCCUCUUUGUGACCGAUAAAGAGAAGAUCGAACGCGACGAUUCUGGUUUACAUAACGUGACUCUCCAACAAAUUGAGGCGUGGCGGCGAAAAGGGCCUCUUGGCAAACUUCAUAACUUUGUGGUGUAUAUUCAGCAGAGUGUCCAGCGCUGCCAAAAGUUUAUGGCUAUAAGUCAAAACCGCAAGCUUGCGAGGGAUAACGAUACUAGAUGGAAUUCAUGGUAUUCUAUGCUACAAGCCGCCUUGCAUCUAAGAGAUGCUAUUGAAAACUAUUUUAAAAAAUGGGGCGAGGUGAAUUGCGCUGGGGACGAACUCUCUGCUGAGGACUGGGCCACCGUUGAAAAGAUCAUGUCAUUUCUAGAGAAACUGAAGAUGACAACCAAGGCCCUGGAAUCGUCAUUCGCCACUCUUGAUAAUGUGCUCCUAGCCAUGGACUUCGUGUUGGCGCAGUUCGAAGUAGGAAAGGAGACGUUUGCAAAUGAUCCGAUUAUGGCGCCCAUGUACAACUCGGGCUGGGCAAAACUAGACAAGUACUAUCGGCUUACAGACGAAUCCCCAGCCUAUGUUGCAGCCAUUGUGCUCCACCCGUCGCAUAAAUGGCAUUAUAUACAUGAGAAUUGGAAGAGGGAAUGGGUAACACCCUCGAAGAAGCUGGUUGCGACGCUUUGGGACGAGUAUAAACCUAUAGCGUCACCUCCACUAACCGAGCCACAAUCGAACACUACGAACGAGUUCUUACGAUGGAGAAAUAAGCAUCUACAACCGUCUCCGAUGACGGACGAGUACGAGCACUACUGCAAAUCCGAGCGGGUCUAUGGAUUCACAAGCGCGUUGACAUGGUGGUUAGAGGAAACACAGCAAAAGACGUAUCCCAAUUUGAGUAAAAUGGCAGUGGAUAUACUGUCGAUUCCUGCCAUGUCAGCUGAGCCUGAGAGACUCUUUUCCGGGACGAAAAUAACCAUUACCGACCGUCGAAAUCGGAUGGGCAGUGAUAUAAUUGAAGCAACAGAGUGCUUAAAAUCAUGGUUCGGGAUACGAGACUUUGAAGGGAUGGCAUGUUAG